AUGGGCCGCACUCCGCUCAUCCUCUUUCUCAGUCUCAGUCUCAGUCUCGGCCUCCAUGUCUGGGCGGAGCUGGCGCAAGCGCAGGAUGCUGCCGAGUCCGGAAGCUGGGAGCUGCUGGUGGAGAACGCAGGAAUCUCGUCCAUGCACACGGCGGUGACGCGAUUCGGGACGGUGAUCCUGCUGGACCGCACUAACAUCGGGGCCUCGCAGAUCCAGCUCGCCGACGGCCGAUGCAGGAUCAAUCCGAGCGAGCUGCAGCUGCAGACGGACUGCAGCGCGCACUCGGUGGAAUUCACGCCCGGCGCCAACACUUUGCGCCCGCUCUUCAUCUUCACCGACACCUGGUGCUCGUCGGGCCAGUUCCAGGCCGACGGCACGCUCGUCCAGACGGGCGGCGACAACGACGGGUUCCAGAAGGUGCGCUACUUCGCGCCCUGCGCCGACGGAUCCUGCGACUGGGUCGAGUCGGACGGCGACGUGCUCCAGGACGGCCGCUGGUACGCCUCCAACGCCCUGCUCCCGGACAACCGGCAGAUCGUCGUCGGCGGCCGAGGCAUGUCGACGCUCGAGUUCCUGCCCGCCCGCCCGGCCGAGGGCGCGCUCUACUCGGCCUUCCUCGAUCAGACGCGCGACGCCCAGAACGACAACCUGUAUCCGUACGUGCAUCUUCUGCCCGACGACACGCUCUUCAUCUUCGCCAACCGCGACUCCAUCAUCUACGACUACAAGAGCGACACCGUCGUCCGGACCCUGCCCCAGAUUCCGGGCGAGCCCCGCAACUAUCCGUCGGCCGGCUCGUCCGUCAUGCUGCCCCUCGUGGCCAGCGACGGCUUCCGCGAGGUCGAGAUCCUCGUCUGCGGCGGCUCCGCGCAGGGUGCCUACCAGAACGUCGCGGCCCAGUACCCGGCGUCGCAGACCUGCGGGCGCAUCGCGCUGAGCGCCGACGACCCGCAGUGGGUCAUGGAGGACAUGCCGAUCCGGAGGACCAUGGGCGACAUGCUCAUUCUCCCCAGCCGCGACGUCCUUAUCAUCAACGGCGCCGAGAAUGGGUCGCAGGGCUGGGGCGCUGCGUCCAAUCCCGUCUUCAAUCCCGUCUUGUACAGUCCCAGCGCCGAGCCCGGCGCCCGGUUCGCGCUCCUGGCGCCCACCACCGUCCCGCGCCUGUACCACUCGUCGGCCAACCUGCUGCCGGACGGGCGCAUUCUCGUCGCCGGCAGCAACACGCACCAGUUCUACACCUUCUCCGGCACGGAAUUCCCCACCGAGCUCCGCAUCGAGGCCUUCUCGCCGCCGUACCUCAACGCCGCCUUCCGCACCAUGCGACCCGUGAUCGAGACUUCCCCCGAGGACGUGGCCUACGGCGACAAUUUCCAAUUGCUGAUCCGUCUUCAGGAGCCUGUGCAGCCCGAGAAGCUCAUGGAGAUCAGCUUGCUCAGCUCGCCUUUCACCACGCACUCGUAUUCCAUGGGGCUCAGGGCUCUGAGACUCGACGUCACCAACGUCCAGGACCUCGGUGAUCAGAUGUGGCAGUACACUGUCGCUGCUCCUCCCAGCGCUGUCAUCGCUCCUUCGGCUUACUACAUGCUCUUCGCUGUUUUCUCCCAGAUUCCCAGUGUAGCGGUCUGGGUCCGUGUCGGUUAG